CCUCGGCGGAAGUUGUGAUCGUCUUCCGUCUCCGCCAUGGCAAAAUGGCAGAGGUCGCCCAGAAAGUUUGCCGGUUGUCCAGCUUGAGAUACAGCCAGGGUCGGCCGGUCCGCCACGUGGAAGGUUCUGGAACUCGAUUCAGAGGAGCCACUUCAGGUCAUCUUAACAGGACUUCCUGGAUCAGAGGAGCCAUUUCCGGUCAUCUUAACAGGACUUCCUGGAUCAGAGGAGCCAUUUCCGGUCAUCUUAACAGCAUCAGGAGUGCUCAGCCGCACAGAACCUUCUGCAGCGUCAUCUUCAUCCGAGUAAAGCAGGAGUCAGAAAGACCACAAUGGUGCUCAUCUCCAUCCAGAAGCUACAGCAAGACGAGCGACAGCAGCCGCUACAGGAACAGGACGGCCUAUUACGACAUCCUGAAAGUCUCCCCCAACGCCACACAGGCGCAGAUCAAGACGGCCUACUACAAGCAGUGCCUGGUCCACCAUCCGGACAAAAACCCCGGCGACCAAGAGUCCGUCCAACGCUUCUCUGAGAUCAGCGAGGCCUACAGCGUGCUGGGCGACCCCGCCCUGAAGAGGAAGUACGACCUGGGCUUCCGGAGCACGUCAGACGUCCAGGGUCCGGGACCGCCGGCUUCCACAGACACCCCCAAAUCUAAGGCCUAUUACCAAACCGGAGCAAAGCCCAUGUUUGAUUUUGACGCCUUUUACCAGGCGCACUAUGGCGAGCAGCUGCAGAAGCAGCGAGAGAUGCAAGAAAGGAAGAAGCGAAUGGAGGAGCUGUUGAAGAAGAGGGACAAGCAGCGGCAGCGGCGCAGCGCGGUGGAGAUGGUGAUGCUCAUGUUGAUAUUUACAGUGGGAGUCCUGGUUUCAAACCUCAAGUGAAAGCCCUGAGAGAAAAGACAUGUCAGGACAGGAGUGGGCCUGUCUGGAUUUAAAACACUUUAUGCAAACAAACGUGACACAAAACAAACAUGUUGGCCAUGUAAGAGAGUACAACUAUCAUCAGUGACUCCCACUCAUGAUUGUCAGAUUUUAGUUUCUUUUAAUUUCCUCCCUUGAAUCGAAAAAAGGUGCUGUAAACAUUAUUAAAAUCUAUCAAAGUGUU